UCUCACUAUCUAUCUAAACGCUCAAAAAACUCACUCAAAGCUUAUACAAUUUCCUACGCUGCCCCAAAACUCUACCGAAAAUCAAGCGUUUCUGUGCGAAUAAUCACUUGAAAUUCGAAUGAUGCCAAAGAAGAAAUCAGCUAACAGAGCAUGGAACCUCCUUCGCCUAGCCUUGUUAUGGGCAAGGAAAGGCGGGGUGUUCAAACAUGGACUCAUGCUCGACCUCCGUCUCUUCCCCAAAUUCCUCAAAAGUGGUUUGAUCGGACAAUCUUCAACUCAACGCGCCGCAAUCUAUUACGGAGAGCGGGAGCUUUCGUUCGACGACACCCCAAUCAUCCACGUCAAGAUGCGCCGCCCCUCCUCCCUCCGUUUUCGGCUUCCUCACAUCCCCUGCAUUAAUCCACAAGUUGAUUUUGAUUUCAAUUUCAAUUUCGAUGACAACAAGGACCUUUUGAGUCGGUACAAGUAUGAAUAUGAUGAAGGGAGGAAGAGUUUUUCCAAUGGUGAUGAUGAUGAAAAUUGUGAGGUUUGUGAAGAUGAAGGGAUUGAUGCGAAGGCAGAGCAGUUCAUAGCUAAAUUCUACGAGCAAAUGAGGAUGCAAAGGCAGGUGUCUUAUCUGCAGUACAACGAGAAUAGUCCCACUAGUUCUAGUUUUUGAAAGAGAAGAAAAGGCACAGCUGCUUCAUUCUCUUUUGUGAAUUUUUUUUUUUUAAAUUUGUUUUGUUAAUGAGAGAAACUUAUUUACGGCUCCUCCGUAAAUAAGAUUUUCUCUUUGUUAAUAUACCGGAGGCAUUAAUGCAGUUUUGAGGGUUGGGAUUCCUUUAA